AUGUCGACACCACACAAGGGUCAGCCACGGCCCGAGUCGCAGGUCGACGAAACCGACUACUCUUCCUCCUCCGUUUCUAUGCCCUUCGAGGAGAUCGUACAAUCCAGGCGCGUCUUACAGUCUUCUUACCGCAAGUUUUUCUUCUACCAUGUACUCGCGCUAGUACCGACCCUCGUGAUCCUGACUGCAGCGCUCUUGGGCACUCUUCAAACACGCGAGCUAUGCCAUCUGGAAGAUGACAGUCAACUAAGCGUCUCCUUCGGAAAUCUGCACCCCACGCAUUCCGAAUACCACAAGGGCCAAUGCCGACGCAUUCUCGACGGACAGCUGCUCGCAUCCACGCUGGCACUCGGCCUGGUCGGCUGGCUUGCGUCGUAUACCAGCCGUAAAGCGUGUCUUGCGUUUGCAGAUCGACUUAUACCCCGACUCUUUUCGUCGUCGCUCUCGAUCCUAUCGCGCUCGCCACGCUUCCAGCUGCCCACAAACGAGCAUGGAACAGGCAAGGACAGCGCCAUUGUCACGGUUGCCAUCGCCAUGCAAGCCUUGGUUGCCGAAUCCCUGCGCGUCCUGUCGUUCUACUGGGCCUGCUGUAUCCUCGUUACCGCUCUCUACCUGUAUCCGAUCCAGGAACGAUUCUCGCAUCGUCCAGAUGGGCUGCUUCUCACGGCACAGCCACCUGCGUCUGCAAGCAGCGAACCAGACUGGGCUUGGCGACUUAGCUUCCGUGAUCCCCGCUUCUUUGUGGCGGCUUGGUCUUCCAUUGCUUGGGCGCUGGCCGAGUAUGGAUUCGGUGCCUUCCAGAUCCUGCACCAAGUCGCAUUGUACAAGCCUGCUGAUGUGGAGGACGACUCGAGUGCGUUUUCUGUUGAUGCAGACGCUUCGCAACAGCAAGGACGAGCAACUGCGGGCCAGUCAGGUUUCAGCCUUCUCUCGGGUCAUCCAGGGAACAGCGGCGAUGCAGCACCGACACCCGAACGUGGUAGCGGCAAAGCAAGGCGCAUGUCUGCCUCUCGCGCGCUGGAACAAGCACGUCAGCGUCUAGUGGAACCCCUGAACGAUGCUUCGGCAACGUCGCGACAACAGGGCUAUGGUGCGAUGGGGUCGCUGGAGGAGGCCAUCGAGAAUGGUAGUCUCAGUGAUGCUGUCACAGACGACGAUGACAACGAGGAGAGCUCGGCAGCAAGCGGGUCGAGCUUCUCCGACACUACAGUCUCGCUUCUGGAUCAGGAAUUGGAGGAGGAAGUCGAACGUUUCUUGAUCGCGAAAGAGCGGUCCGAAGUCGAAGCGGUAUUGGGUGUGCCGUUACCCGAGAUUCCAGUCGCGCUUUGUGCAUUGUGGCGGAUCGAUGCGAUGCUUUGGAGCAUCGGUAGUAGCCUGCUCCUGUCGGCCUCGUUCACACAUGCACAGGGCGCCCUUGGACACCUUUCGCACGAUCGUUUCGACCUCUCUCGGCAUUUUCACCUCUUACCCGCCUUGGACGGAUACGGCAUCACAUUUGUGGUUCUCGUCGUUCUGCACACCAUCGUCUCCUCGCUCUGGGCCACCUCGCUACCAUAUCUUGGAUUCGCGACAACCACGUAUGCAUCUCUGCUGUUCGGUCUCGCCAUCAUGGUGGCUAGUCUGGCUCGGUGGGGAUUGCUCAUAUGA